CGUAGUUUUUCUGAGUAUACAACCGCAAACUGAAAUUUGCGUGCAGAAGACAUUACUUUUGCCCGGACAAUUAUCGAUAACGCUAUCCUCGUGCGACAACACCCCACUAUUCCAUGUCACAUUUACAAGCGGCCGUUUAUUCAUCACUUCUUUGUAGUCCGGGUAACACUACUCUUUCUUUUAAUAUGUAACGACCCAAAGUAACGAAACUAUUCAUAAAAAAAUGAGCGUAGAAAAAUUAUCUGUGAUUGAUUUUUACGAAGGCAAAUCGAUAUUCAUCACCGGUGGUACUGGGGGCAUAGGUAAGCUCCUGCUGGAGAAACUACUGAGAUGUUGUCCGAAAGUUGGAUGCAUUUAUCUGCUUGUUCGAGCCAAAACGGGAAAGAUGACGACUGAACGGUUAUCAAAUCUACUUGAUUCACCGGUGUUCGAUCGGCUUCGCCGCAGCGGUCCGAAUGUCUUCUCAAAAGUCAGGAUUGUGGAAGGAGACUUGACCCUCGCCGAUUUGGGCCUCUCCGAAGUGGACAAAAAAAUUUUGACAUCAAACAUUUCUAUCGUGUUUCAUUGUGCCGCUAAUGUUCGAUUUGACAUGCCCCUGGAGGAAGCAGUAGACAGUAAUGUUUUCGGGACUCGACGGCUUCUCAAACUCUGCCAGGAGAUGACCGAAAUCGAGGCAUUUAUACAUGUCUCAACGCUCUUCUCGACAUGCCACAACAAAAUAAUCGAGGAAUGCAUUCCCUCCAUCCCGGCCAUCAGCGGAGUAAUAGACUUCACCAAGAGCGAUGAUGAUCUCCUGAAGGCGAUACCUCCGGAGCUAGUGAGGAAGUGGCCGAAUACCUACACUUUUUCAAAAGCCCUGACAGAGAUAAUGCUGAAGGAUCUGCGAGGUAGACUACCUGUGAGUAUCGUUCGGCCGUCGGUCGUGCUGUCCUCCUGGAAGGAGCCGAUGCCCGGGUGGAUCGACAGUUUCUACGGCCCCACCUGGAUGAUUGUUAACGAAGCGUUAGGCAUUUUGAGAACUGCCGUGCUUGACAUCGAUAGAACAGCUCAUGGCAUUCCGUCGGACAUGGUUAUCAACCUGCUGCUCUGUGUGGCGCCUAAAACUAAGGACGAAGGACUGGAGAAGAUCGGGGUCUACAAUUUAUGCUCGGGCGGACGAAACCGUAUGGAUGUGAAGCUGCUGUUCCAGGAAACUCGGAAAACUUUCAGCACGUAUCCACUGAUGGCAGCGAUCCGAUACCCAAAUCUCACGCUCAGGAAGUCACGAAUCACUCACGCGAUCGCAUCUGCUGUGCAGCAUCGUCUCACUGCCUACGUCUUCGACCUCAUCGCCUUGUGUACUUUCAGAAAACCCAGGAUGUCCCGCAUUCAUGACUCGUUAUCCCGAAUUGCUAAGUACACGUCAUUUUUCGGCAUCAACGAUUGGACGGUCUUCGAUCAUAAUGUGGAGGGACUUGAUGCGGAGCUGAGUGAAAGGGAGCGGGAGAUUUUCUACUUUGACGUGGGGAAAUUUAGCUGGGAGUCCUUCCUCAGGGAUUAUGCACUGGGGAUAAGGAAACAUCUGAUGAAGGAGGACCUCGAUAAUUUGGGGGACGCGGUCGCAAGGAUGAAGAAAUUUUACUGGAUCGAGAAGGUCCUCCAAUCGGUCGUUUCCGUCGCUUCGCUUUUUACGAUUUACGUUUUGAUCAAGCGCAGACGUAGGCGAGGGUAAACCUUCGAGCAAAUGUUUAGGAAUAUCUAUUCUCAAGUAUUCUAUUCUGAAGUUCAUGUUUACCCAAAAGAUCGGUGAUGAAAGAAUUCAAUUGUGUUCAUCAUUUUCAUAAUUUUUCUUAUUAUCGUUAUCAUGGAGGAGAUUUUUCUCAUUUAAGUCACGUUAUAACUUCAGGUCGCAAGGAUGAAGAAGUAUUUUCUUGAUUGUUGUGGUGGUAGGGGAAUAAAUCUGUCCAGGGGACUGAUACUAUUCUUCUGUGCACAGAUUUUAUUGGAUCGAGAAGGUCCUGCAAUCGGUCGUUUCCGUCGCUUCGCUUUUUACGAUUUACGUUUUGAUCAAGCGCAGACGUAGGCGAGGGUAAACCUUCGAGCAAAUGUUUAGGAAUAUCUAUUCUCAAGUAUUCUAUUCUAAAGUUCAUGUUUACCAAAAAGA